GUGCGUGUGCGUCAGAACACGUUGCAAGAGGGAGAGAGAGAUAGCAAUAACAGCACGUUCAGGCAGUGGCAUCCUCCCAUUUAAGGCAUGCAAAUCGAAAGACAAGAUGCUCCGGGACUGGAAUAGCCUAGAACACACGCUAUUCCUGCAGCCUUCGCCUUCCUCUCGCUUCCUAUGAUUUAUCACUGACGUCUUCGGGACAUUGCAGCACAGUCACCAGAUCUCAGGGAAUCUCUGAGUGUUAGCACUGCCGUGCCCCUGAGUGAAGCGUUCCAGCAUGCCGGAGCAGAGCAAUGACUACCGCGUGGUGGUGUUCGGUGCUGGGGGUGUGGGCAAGAGCUCCCUGGUCCUGCGCUUCGUGAAGGGCACCUUCAGGGACACCUACAUCCCCACCGUGGAGGACACCUACCGGCAGGUCAUCAGCUGCGACAAGAGCGUGUGCACGCUGGAGAUUACCGACACCACGGGCAGCCACCAGUUCCCCGCCAUGCAGCGUCUGUCCAUCUCCAAGGGCCACGCCUUCAUCCUGGUCUACUCCAUCACCAGUCGGCAGUCCCUAGAGGAGCUCAAGCCCAUCUACCAGCAGGUGCUGGCUAUCAAGGGCAACGUGGAGGGAAUCCCCAUUAUGCUGGUGGGCAACAAGAGCGACGAGACCCAGCGGGAGGUGGAGACCAAAGAAGGCGAAGCCCAGGCCAACAACUGGAAGUGUGCCUUCAUGGAAACCUCGGCCAAAACCAACCACAACGUAACCGAGCUCUUCCAGGAGUUGCUGAACCUAGACAAGAAGCGCGACAUGAGCCUCAACAUGCGUUCCAGCAAGCAGCGGAGGGCCGAUAAGCUGAAGGCCAAGUGCAGCGUGAUGUAAAGGCUGAAAGGAUCAAGCAACGGUAAAGAACAGGCAUUGGACAGGGAUGUCAGUCUCAGCUCCCGGAGGACCACAGCACUGCAGAGAUUAGUGUUCAUCUUCCGCUCAAGGUGAAAUCCAACCCGUUUCUGGUGGUCCGUCUUACCGUAGACAAUUCAAAAUACAAAUAAAAAUGGGUAUAGAUAAUAAAAAUAAGAUUGGUUCUUGGCUUUACCUAAAACAUAUAUCCAAAUAUUAAAGCUCUUAACAUCUUAUUUAUAAUAUUUUUCCAAAAAUGGCUCAUUAAAUCCAAUUUAAGUGGGGAUUCAAUGGCAUCACUCCAAAGAGCCAUUAUAUAUUUAAGUGUGGAUUGUCCUUUAUAUAAUUUUAAUUAAACAUUUAAACAUAAUUAUAUAAACAUUUGUCUUGGAUGUAUUUAUUCCUGCUAUAUUUAUUUAAUGGCUUGUUUAAAAGUUUACAUUUGAAUUUGCAUACUUAUUUACAUAUGUAAAUUCUCAUUCUCAUUUUCAUUCUCACAUUCGUUGUGUUGAGCUAGUCCUAUAUACAGUCCUAUACAUGUUAUGAUCGUGUAGGCCUAUUAGUAGAUCUGGGCAACUGUUUUCAGAAAUGUUUCUACACAUAUUUAUAAUUUUCUAAAGAAAUCUGAUUGAAGUUUCCUAGUGACUAUUAAUCCAAUUCAUUCAAUUUAAAUUAGAAAGCAAAAACAACAUGUUUACAGCAGGGUGACCCAACAGUGAAAUUCCAAGAUGAUCCAUUAGACUAAAGCUGAUACUCUCAUAUGAAAAACUGCUUGUAAAACAGCAGAAAGUAGUUGGAGUGAAUGCAGACUGAAUGGGUGGCUGCUUUGCAUGGCUGCUUACGCCCCUUUGCAACCCAUGGUGUGGUUUUAAUUAGUAAAAAAAUGAGAUUUCUGAAUAAAAAAAUACUCUGAAUUCAGAUGAGGAAGGUCUUAGUAAUUAGCUGAGUGGUUGAAUCAGUUUGAUAAUAAAAAAAGCUAAUCCCUGCAGCGCUGCAGUCCUCCAGAAGUGGAUGUUGACACCCCAGGUGUAGGAGAAUGGCAUCAGCGACGAUGUGACUGAUCGCAAAUGUACAAAAAGUCCCUCAUCACAUCUAUUACCCUCCUCCUUCGGAUCUGAAUCAGGUAUUCUUCGGUGCACAGUCAACCAACCAGACUCUUUUUUUUUCUUUCUAUCUCUUUUAUUUGGCUCCUGGAAUGCCCGCCAGAAUCUCUUUUUGGGGAAGCCUCCAAACUCCAAGCCACCCCACCCCGUCCUCCCCCUGCCUCCUUCUUCCUGCAUUUUACACAGUAACUGAGAUGACAGUGACAUCUUAACCUCUUGAGUCUUAACCUGUUGUUCUGCCACCUCACGCCACCUCUGCUCAUGCACAGCUUUCCUCAACUAAAGUUUGUUUGUCUGUUCAAAAGAAAAAAGAAGAAAAAAAUGAUUAUCCUGUCAUCAUCGUGGUCAUUUACAGGGCUGUGUCUGGAAAAAGGAUUUCAUUGAUAACCCGGACAAGAACGUGUCUUGAACUGGUUAUGCACUUUAUAUUGUAUUCUCAGUGGGCAGACAAGACCAAGAGGUGACAAAGCAUUAUCCCGCUCUUCCAAAUUAGACAUGAUAAAACAGCACAAACCGCACGCUCGAAACGCUCAGAUCUGGGACCACAGACUCCUUCUCUUUGUUGGCUGGCUUGCUAAUAGUACAAAACUGGUUCACGGGAAACACUGGGUGAAUUGUGAAUGAUGCAUAUUUGACGACGUAGAACUACCUUCCUUCUCAUUGUGAUUUAGAUUCAAGUACAGAGCUUUAUCUAAACAAAGCACAGCGAAGCAGUUUUAAAUGUCCAUAAUUUCCGAAAGCCUCUUUUUUAGUUUUUUUCCUUUUUCCCGAUGUUGGUGGCUCACGAGAAUCUGAAAAUAUGCAUUAAUCAUCAUCUAACAGAAAACAUUUAACUUGUGCGUGAAAUCUAAAUGUGUACUACUAUCAUUUGUAUUGGAUUCCCCUGUACAGCUCAUCAUGUCUUUUCUUUCUCCCGUGUGUAUAUUUCCUCCGACUAUUAAAUGCCAUUGCUUUAGCAAUACAUUAUAUAAAAAGCACUUUUAGAAUCUUGAGCACAUUCAGAACAUUGAAAAUGAACCUUUACGAAAAAUGUUUUUGUCGGACACUCUGCGUUUACAAUUUUAAAGCAGGUACAGUGUUUAUCUAAUAAUAUUAUGUGAAGGACCAGAGGAAAAAAAAGAUAUAUAUAAUAAAGAAGCACAAACAUAUGGUGUUAAACAAC